AUGUUUUUACUCCCCCCCCAUCCUUGAUCGAACGAUUGACUGUAAAAAUUCCUAAAAAUUGGGGUAAUUAUCCCCCAUCCUUGAUCGAACGAUUUUCAUAUCAUGCAAAUUUUUAUAUAUAUAGAAUUAUAUUAUUUAUCAAAAGCUUGGGAAGAUGUACCUAAUGAAGUUGUUUUCAGAGCUUUGAGACGACAGAAAGCUGCGGAAUCAACCAUCCGAAGUGAUUUAGCCAUCAUUUAUCAAAUGGGAAGAUGUAACUAAUGAAGUUGUUUUCAGAGCUUUGAGACGACAGAAAGCUGCGGAAUCAACCAUCCGAAGUGAUUUAGCCAUCAACCUAGGCUUAAAAACUCAAUAAUCUAAAAAAUAGAGAUUCUUUAAAAUUUAAAAAAAAAAAAAAAUAUAAUUCAGUAAGGAACAAAUUAAAAUUUAUACAGUUUAAAAGGGUGGCUAAUAAAUCAAAAUAUUAAAAAUUGAUAUUUUAUGAAAUUAAUUCAAUUUUUUGCUUUAAAAAUAAUUAUUAAAUACUCUUAACCCUCUUAUUUAAAAGUAAAUAAAACAAUAUAUAUAUAUAUAUUUUAUUUUAUAUAUAAAUUUUUUUCGAAAAUUUUUUUUUAAACCCCCAUCCUUGAUCGAACGAUGGUGAGUCGUUCGAUCAAAUAUGGGGGGGAGUUAGCGAAAAGAUGUAUCAGGGCAUUUUCAAGCAUGAAGGACUUGGUCUUGAAAAAGGAAUGAUAUAAAGCAUACACUCAGCUAGAAAAAGAAAGAAAAAUAGAAGACCCUGACCUCAUUACUUCGCUGGCUUGGGGGUUAAGCAAUAUCGGUAGGCAUGAUGAAGCAUAUAAGCUCGUCCAAAUGAUGCCAUCUCUUGGCAAAGAGCCAUCAGAAUUAGAAUACACUGCUGCUCUUGAGGCUUCUAUAAAGCAAAAAAACCUUGAUAUGGCUACAAACUUGUUCUACCAGGCCAAAGUUUAUGGAAUUUCUUUUGAUGCAGCUUUAUACGAUUUUUUCAUUGGCAGCUUAUGCAAAGAUCUUGGAAUUAGAAACCUUAAAAGCAUUAUAGAUUAUAUGAAAAAAGACGGCUGCACUCCGUCUAUUUACACUUGUGUAAAUUUAAUGAAAAUAGGCCAUGAGCUAAAUGACAGAGAUUUUGUUAAUGAGAUUGCCAAUGUUGCUAGCUUUCUGAGAAUUAAAAAACUUUUGCCUUGGAGAUUUUUAAUUGUUUUUAAUCAUAAAAAUUACUGAAUAAUUAUUAAUUUAUAAAUUAAAAAAGAGUAAGCAAGCAGAAUACUCCAUACCUAAAAAAAUGAUUGAAAAAUACACAAAGCCUUUACCAGAAAGUAAAACCUCAAAAAAGAUCCAGGAAAAAGAAAAAAAAAUCGAAGCUGAGGGAGAAAAUUUGCAAAACCUAGAAGAAUUAGAUAAAGAGUUGCGGCUGAAAUAUAGUGAUAGAGGAGCAAUAAUAGAUCCAAGGCUAAAUGCAGGAGAUUUCGAAGAAGUAUUUGAUGAAGAGGAUUUUAAUGAAGAAGACUUAGAAGGAGAAGAAGAGGAAACAGAUUAUGAAACAGGGGAAAGUACAGACAGUAGCAGUGAUAGUGAGUAA